GGUGACAGAGCUCAUAAACCCUUUAUCUGUAGUGAUGCUGAUGUUUGUAGUAUAGAUCUCGAUGGUACUGAAGAUUAUAUAGUGCUAGCUUGUGAUGGUGUUUGGGAUGUGGUGGAACCAAAUGAUGUACCAGAACUGGUUUACAAUCAUAUCCAACAAACUAAAGGUGACAGAACACGAACAGCUCAUCGUAUUGUGGAGGUUGCUAAGGAAAGUGGUUCUAAUGACAAUAUAUCUGUUAUUGUGGUUUUCUUACGC